ACUUGGACUGGAAACGAGAGAGAGAGAGAGAAAUGGCGAGGAGGCGGGAGCGCCGAGUGGAGCAGAGUCAGGACCGGCGUAAAGAGCGAGUCGGAACGGCAACUCGAGAAGACAAAUUCAGCGACUCAGAUGCUUCGGAUUGUAAGCUUAUCGGUAUAUUCGUAGUCUUCUUCAUCGUAAUUCCAGCCAUAUCUGUACUCGUAUACAGCAUCAAAUACGGUUCAGGUACGAAACGUUUCGAACCGGUCGUAACUGAACGAGGACUUAUCAAAACCGACAUUAGUUACCAAGAGAUCCUCGCUGAGAAUUUGAAGAUACCAGAAAAUGCGUCGCAACGGCAUUAUGAUUAUCCCGUGUUGGCUUACAUUACCCCAUGGAAUUCGAGGGGCUAUGAAAUGGCAAACAGGUUUAAUUCUAAGUUUACUCACUUAUCACCUGUUUGGUAUGAUUUGAAAAGCCAAGGAAGCAGCUUAGUUAUGGAUGGGAGACAUAAUGCUGAUAAAGGAUGGUUGUCAGAGCUUAGAAUGAAAGGAGAUGCUUUGGUAUUACCUAGAGUAGUUCUGGAAGCAUUUCCUACGAAGCUGCUUAAAAAGAAGAAACAGAGGGAUAAAGCUAUUGAUCUCAUAGUAACAGAGUGCAAAGAAAUGGACUAUGAUGGUAUUGUGCUAGAGUCUUGGUCAAGAUGGGCUGCAUAUGGUGUCUUGCAUGAUCCAGACAUGAGGAAUAUGGCGCUCAAGUUUAUAAAACAACUUGGACAUGCACUGCAUUCUGUGAGAUCAACAAGGAAUCCUGAGCAAAAAUUGCAGUUGGUGUAUGUUAUAGGCCCACCACAUUCAGAGAAGCUCCAGCAACAUGAUUUUGGACCAGAAGAUCUUCGGAGCUUGAGUGAUGCUGUGGAUGGUUUCUCACUUAUGACCUAUGACUUCUCAGGUCCUAACAAUCCAGGUCCAAAUGCACCUCUUCAAUGGAUACGCUUUACCUUGCAGUUGCUUCUUGGCCCCCCUGGUAACAACACUCAGAACCUGGCUCCAAAGAUAUUUCUUGGCAUCAACUUUUAUGGAAAUGAUUUCAUCCUUUCAGGAGGUUCUGGUGGUGCAGCUGUUGUUGGUAGGGAUUACCUCUCAUUGUUGGAGAAGCACAGGCCCCUAAUACAAUGGGAAAAGAACAGCGGAGAGCAUUUUUUCGUUUAUUCUGAUGAAAACAACGUCAGACAUGCAGUGUUCUACCCAUCGUUGAUGUCAAUUUACUUGCGGCUAGAGGAAGCGCGGUCAUGGGGAACUGGCAUUUCAAUAUGGGAAAUUGGGCAAGGCUUGGAUUAUUUUUUUGGUCUUCUGUAACCAUUCCAAUUUUGUUCUUUUUAGGCAAUGCAACUUAAGUUUGGGGUUUUCCCCUUAUUCAUCUGUCUUUUCUAAUGGAAGAAAUUCAGUUAGAUACCGUAUGCCAAGGAGUCCUAUAAGAUCUGAGCUGAAAUCAGAUUUCCACGAUGUAUAUGUCUCUCCUGAUCUCCUUGUCUUUGCAAUAUGUCUUUUUGCACCGUCCA